AUUUUGUGAGUUGAAAUUAGGUUGAACUAAACCAAAUGCCGAAAGGGAAGGUCCUUACCGAUAUUGAAAAAGGUCAAAUAUUGGCUUUUCAUCGAGAAAAAGUUCCAAAUCGAGAAAUUGCUAGAAGCUUGAAGAGAUCAGAUCAUGUUAUCCGUAAUUUCUUGAAAAAUCCAGCAGAUUAUGCAACAAUCAAGAGGAAACCAAAGAAAUCUAAGGUUUCAAGUCGUGAAAAACGCAGAAUUAUUCAACUCGCAUCAAAUUCAUCAAAAAGUUUAAAAACAAUUAAUUCAGAUUUGGGUUUUAAUGUUUGCAAGGAGACGAUUAGGAAAGUUCUUAAAGACAGCCCACACAUUGUACGAUCAAGUACAAUGUGUGGAACAAGUGAUUUUUUCGGACAAGAAAAAGUUUAAUCUUGAUGGGCUUGAUGGUUUUAGUGGCUACUGGCGUGAUUUGAGGAGAGAACCCAAAUAUUUUUCAACAAGGAAUUUCGGUGGUGGAUCUUUGAUGGUUUGGCUUGGGUUUUGUGCAACAGGAAAGUUAAAUUUAGCAUUUACAUCUUGCAAAAUGAAAAGUUCUGAAUACAUUGAUGUGCUAAAAUCAUGUUUGAUUCCAUUUAGAAACAAAUAUCGAUGCAAAAAGUUUGUUUUCUAACAAGACAACGCCAGCAUUCACACUAGUAACGAGACUAAAGCUUGGUUUGAAGCUAAAAAAAUCGUGCAAACGUGGUGGCCUGCUUGCAGUCCAGAUUUGAAUCCUGUUAAAAAUAUCUGGGAAAUUAUUGUAAGACGUAUAUAUGCUGACCAGAAGCAAUAUAACUCUGUGACAGAGCUAAACGUAGCGGUAUCAGAAUGCUGGGAGGAUAUGGAGCCAAAGGUGCUGGAAAACUUGGUGAGAGGUAUGCCAAAACAAAUUUAUCAAGUAAUUGAGCGCAAAGGAAGUCCAAUCGAGAACUAAAAAUGUGAUAAAAAUUUUUUUUUUUUGAUAGUUUAGUUAAAAAAUGUGAACUGCGUCUAUAGAAAAUAGUCAGCUAUCUUUUGAAUUUAAUUCAUUUAUGAUUGACCUCAUUUCAAAUUUGAUAUUAUU